CGCCAUGUUUUUCUCUUAAAGUCUCGCUAAUCUAAUGCAUUCUUCGACUUAAAGUUUAGACAUAUAUUUAAUAUAACUAUGAUUCACGUAUUUUUUUUUCUUGUGUACAAUUUUAAAAGUAUCAUAUUAUGAAUGCGUUCAUUUGUAACCUUUUUAGCCUAUUUCAACAAAUGUCGUGAAAAAAACUAGACAUAAGUUGAAGUAAAUCAAGUUUUAUUAAAAUUCAAACAAUAUUUUUGAAUUUUGAUACCUUUCACCUCGGUUUAUUCGUUUGAAUUUUUAAUUUGUUAUAAAAUAUUUAUAUGAUGUAGAAUAAUUACAUAUUUUGUGUUGGGUUGGGUUUUUACUUAAAAAUAUCGCCAACCCGACCCAAGCCAAUUAGAAACAAACCGUAGGGUUUAGAUUUUUUUGGGUGGGUUUGGGUUUAAUAUUUCCCAAACCGUAGUGCAUGGGUCGGGUGAUUAAAAUGCCUAAACCCGGACCACCCGACCCAUGUACACCCUUAGUAAGGGGUGAAAAUCAAGUUGGGUUCUUUGGGUGCAGCUGGGAGACCUGUUUUUGGAAGAACGUAACCAGCGAAGAGAUAUCUAUUGCUGCUAUGCCUUGGAACGCGUUCUUCAGUGUUGCCCUGUGGUGCAUUUGGAAGAAUCAAAAUGAAGGAGUCUUCUUCGGAGUAAGCAAGACUUUGUCAGCUCCCUCCCUCACCCAAGCUAUAAAGAUCAAGGCCGAUCUCUGGUUUCGUGCGUGGAACACGCCGAGCCAAAUCAUUUGGCGAGCCAAUGUGCCCCCGAACUGCGUCGAUACUCAAGUGGGUUGGAAGAAACCCCCCGUGGGUUGGCAGAAGAUGAAUGAUGACGGGGCUGCAGAUCAGAACCAGGGUCUUGCCGGCACUGGGGGGGAGUUCUUAGAGAUGGAGACGGUACGUGGUUGGGCGGGUUUGUUUCUAGCUUGGGUUCUUGCUCAGCCACCAUGGCUGAGCUUUGGGCUAUCUAUCAUGGACUCAGAGUGGCUUGGAACGUAGGAUGCAGGGCACUCAUUUUAGAGACGGACUCGCAAAUGGCUAUACAGUUGGUGAAUAACAGGACAGACCCCCUUCAUCCCUAUGCGGCACUUUUAACGGCUAUUAGACGCAAGAUUGCUCAGGAUUGGUUGGUGAAUCUAACUCAUACUUACCGGAAAGGGAAUAGAGUCGCGGAUUGGCUCUCGAAGCACAGUCUCGUCUAUCCCUACGAUAUGUAUGAGGUGGAAUCACCACCAAGUGGAGUACUCCCCCUUCUGCAUGAUGAUAAGAGAGGCAUCACGUUCUCAAGAAGAGUGGUGGCAUCAUCCCUUCUCACCUCUUCCUAAACUCUGUAUCUGAUACUUCUUUUCUUUGGCCUUGCGCCUCCAAGCUAUGCGGGAAAAAAAACUUCGGAUCAGAGAUAUUAAUAGUAAACAAAAGCAAAGUUAAUAUUAAAUGAUUUUAGAUUCUUGUCGUUAUGAGUUUUGGAUUCAUACCGUUAAAAGUUUUGUCUUCAAAGUUUCUUAGACCAUCUUCAGUCUUCACCCUAAAAUUGGCGAGCAAUUUCUAAACGUGCCCCCUACCGCCAUAUCAUCAAAUUUAGCAACUCUUAACCUAUCAAGUUCUACUCAACGGUCAUCAACAUCUCUAAAAUAUGUUAGCAAUUACCAAAGUGGAUCCCAUUUACUAUUUCAAAUCUACACAAACACUUAUCAAUUGAAAAGUUGAUAAGCAAGAAAAUAGAAAAUUCUUUUUUAUCUAUGUGGCAUUGCUAGAAGAAUUGCUAAUUUAGUAAUCUUAUUAAUUUAGAAUGAACUCCUCCAUCCCUAACCAUUGUUAAGUUCUUGCCACCUAAACUCCACCUCACCUUUAGCAAUUGCUAGAAGGUGGGGUUUGAGAUGGUCGUAGGGUGUAAGAUAGUAUGUCUACCACUAAUGGAUCUAAUUUUUGACACCUCCUCCAUGAUUGGUCCAUUUUUAAUGUUACUUUUGGCAAGUAUUAAUACAAAGUGGUUUUUCUUUUGUUUUUUGGAAUUUUGUAAAUGGGGAAAGUUCCAAUAAUAAUGAGACUUUAAUGUUGUAGCCCUUAAAAAGUUAUGCGAAAUGUCAAAAAAAUUCAUGAUGUUCGGAGUGCGAAGCACAAAGUUAUGGUCGUUCAAAAUUUGGCGAAACUGAAAAAAGCUUGUUCAGGGGUAGCAAACGACCUUUUUUUUCGGGACGAAGUCGGGACCAAACCGCCUGUGGCUGUGGCUUCCAAGAUCUUGAAAAAUUAUGUAUAAUAAAAAAAAAUUCGCUACGAUCAGAUACCCGAGCUUAAAGUUAAGUUCGUUUGGAAAAUUGAAAAAGCAUUAACAUGUAAUAAAACUGAAAUAGAAAUUAGAAAAACAACUUCUUCCACUAAGGUUCAAACCCAUAAUCUGAACAAACACAUAACAAGCUUCCAUCCACUAGGCUAUCUAGAUUUAUUGUUCUGUAUUCGCGAAAAAAAUAUAUAUAAAUAAAAAUCGCAGUGGGGGCAUGCGGUCUGCAUGCGAACUUUUGCUUCCCAGCGCGGUUUAUCAUACCGCUCCCUCCCGAUGUGGUUUUCAUAAAAAAACUGCUCCCUCCACAAGAAGUUUUCGAAAAAGGUGGUAUUUUUCAAAUUUUUCGACAAUGGAUGAUUUUUCUUCUUCUUUUUAGUGGUAUUCCUGAAAAAAAAUCUGGAUUAGAUAUCAUCCUAUUUUUUUGUAAUGGAUUGAAAGAAUGAAUCUUCUGCUUUUUUCUUUAUUUGAUCUCCCAGAUAAAGCCUUUUAGUUGGAAGCAAUUGUGUGGAAUUACCCAAAUAUUAAAAUUGAACAAUCAUGUUCGGAAACUUAUUUACAUAAAUAUUGUGUUACGUAUACCAAUUUGUAAAAGUCUAGUUCAAUAUGUGUCCAGCCGGCAUGCUGAGUUAAACUCAACAUGUUUCGCUCAAUGGACAUACUGAGUUAUACCUCGAUAAAUUUUUACUUAAUAU